UCCACAUCCACGGGUUCACUUUGCGCGGGGUCUAUAAGCCCAACUAUGAUGGCCUUAAAGGUGCAAGCUCGCCUGACGAUGGUCAUCUCAGUGAUGAUGAUAUCACCCCUGAUAUGGAGGUGGUCAUGUUUUGUCCUCUGGUGGAUCCAUCGGAUGUCAUUGCAUGCGGUUUCUGUUCCGUGACCCUGGGUGGAACAUCGCAUUAUAAGAGCCACAUGAAGAUGCGACAUCCAGACAAAGUAGAGGAGGUUGAGCCCACAUAUGCCUUGAACAUUCCCAAAGACAAAGGCUAUGAAGCUCGUCCGUAUUCUUGUAACCUUUGCAGUUACUCAGCCGGGAACAAAAUUGAUAUGCUCUACCAUCGAUACUCACAUGAAGGCAUCAAGCUCUUCGCAUGUGAACUUUGCCAGUAUGAAUGUCAUUUCCCGUCAGGUCUUCGCAAUCACAGACUGUCAAAGCACCCGGGAAUAACUUUUGAUCGGAUUCGGUUGGAUGCCAAAAGCAUCCAACAAUAUUACGACGAGGCCAAAAUGAAGAAAGCCAAGCACGGAGAUCGAUAGGUUGUUUUUAUUUGUUCUAGCUCUGCGAAGAAGAUUUUGAUAUUUUAAGAUCGUCAAUAAAUUUAAGUUGAACCUUUUCGAAAUACAUGGAAGAGAAAAAAAAUCAA